CAGUUCAUUUCUGAGAUCAGUUUGCAAAAGUUGCUGGCUCCGUUGCCGUUGCAGCAGCUGCUCUCCUUUGUGCCGUUGCUUGCGCUUGUCCUGCCGAGGCCAAAGGAUCCACCAACCGGGUUAACCCAUCGGCUGCAGUGGCAUCUUCACCGAUGGACAAAGUUCUCCGGUUUGCUUUGUACGCAUUGACCACUUUGCUCCUGAUUGGAGAACCUCAUUCAACAGGUGCAACUGAGGAUGACGAUUCCAUCAGUAAGGACAGUGACUCCGUCAGAGGCGGCGGGAAGGACUGGCCAACAAUGUACAUCACAACCAUCUUGGAAGACCCCUAUGUAAUGGCCAGAGGCACUGAGCUGGAGGGCUACUGCAUGGACCUGUUGGAGAAGCUUUCCCAAAUGCUGCACUUCAAGUACAAGGUGGGCGUCGUGAAGGACGGGAAGUAUGGCAUCCUGAGUCCGAACGGGAACUGGUCGGGGAUGAUCGGAGAGGUUGUAAGGAAGGAAGCGGAUCUUGCUGUUGCCCCAUUAACUAUAACAUCGAUCAGAGAAGACGCUGUGGACUUCACCCAGCCUUUUCUUCACACCGGGAUCGGCAUCUUGCUGGAGAAGGAGUCCUCUCUGGAAGAGGCUUCCUUGUUCCACUUCUUGACCCCCUUCAGCAAAGAGACUUGGGGUGGCAUCUUCAUCGCCUACUUGCUCUCCAGCCUUUGCUUAUUCCUUGCCGCCAGAAUCAGUCCCUGUGAAUGGGAGGGAAAUGAAGACAUGCGUUUCACAUUCCUCAAUAGCCUGUGGUUCGGGGCAGGAGCGUUCACCUUGCAAGGCGCAAUGCCUCAGCCCAGAUCUCUCGCCGUCCGGAUAAUUUCUGCCAUCUGGUGGCUUUUCAGCAUUGUGCUCCUGACGGCAUACAUCGCUGGGUUCAGCUUCAUCUUGGAGUCGGGAUCCGAGCAGCUCUCCAUCCAGACCUUCGAAGAUCUGGUGAAACAGAGGCAGCUGGACUUCGGGACCAUGGAAGGCUCUUCCACGCUCCUCUAUUUCAAGAACUCCAAGAACCCGAUCCAGCAGAUGGUCUACGAGUCCAUGAACAAAAAGAAGGAGACCGUUUUCGCCAAGAAUUACCAGGAGGCCAUUCAGCGCGUGCUGGAUUCGAAUUAUGCCUUCAUCGGCGAGUCCAUCUCUCAAGACCUUGCCAUUGCCAGGCACUGCAACUUGAUCCGUUCUCCAGAGGUCUUAGGGGCCAGGGGAUUUGGCAUUGCCACCCAAAAAGGAUCCCCUUGGACAAACAAGCUCUCAGUGGCAAUCCUGAAACUCGGAGAAUCCGGUGAGUUGGACUACCUUCGGAGCAAGUGGUGGGAAAGCAGCUGCUCCGACGACGAUCACGACAAAUGGAGCCCCCUGAAGCCUCAUGCUCUUGGAGGCAUCUUCCUGAUCCUCGCCAUGGGCCUUUUAUUGGGGAUGGUUGUCGCUGUGGUCGAGUUAUCCAGAAAAAGCAAGCACAGAGCCGAACAGGAGAAGAAGUCCUGUUGCCCUUUGUUCACCGAAGAACUGAGCCAACGACUCCAAAGGCGAGGAGGAGAGAGGAGGCAAGAAAAUCCAGGGAAAACAAAGCCAUGAGACGACGAAGACCCAUAAUCUCCAAAUAUGAUGGACUCUUUCCCCCUCUUUUUUACCCUUCUCUAUAUUCGGUAGUGAUGCUCUCCUAUACUUUUCGUAACAGAUGUCUAGGUUUAAGCGUAACCUCUUUGGGAUAAUAUAAAUCCUAGCAUUCUAACCCUAUAUGUACCAUUGCAGACAAUGCGAUCAUUUGGGAAACUUAGAGGAUUCUGGAUCUUAACACUUUUAAUGUAGUAGUUUCUGCAGUCGUAGCAAGAAAACCAGCAUCAAGAGAGUUCAUUUGGAAGUUGCGGGAAAGCGAGAGAAAUCAGACCUAAGAAGAAGAAGCAACACUGAGGACCUGCAAGGGUUACAUCCGUACUGCAGAAAUAACCCAGUUUAAUACCACUUGAACUGCCAUGGAAGGAGGGGAAUUGUAGUUUUGUGAACUAUUUAGCCUUCUCUGUCUGGUGCCACAACAAGCUAGUUCCCAGAAUUACAUAACAUUCAGCGCUGGUGGUUAAAGUGGUGUCAAACUGGAUUGUUUCUGCAGCGCAGAUGCAGCAAAGGUGUGUGGAUAGACAGCAAUACGAGUCCAAUGUAAAACUGAGCUUGUGGUGCUUUUAAAGAUCCUGUUUCUAAUCCCUGAGAGCAUGAAAGUGUUCAAGCGAUUCGUAAUGAAAAUGCAGAAAGUAAAUCUGCAUCAGUCCAUCUCUUUUAAAGGCCUUGGAAUGGCCUUUGCUUCCCGAAAUAUCCAUCCACUUGGAACAAUACAUUUUAGGGAACCUUUGCUAAAGCAAGACAGGGCUUCGUGGAAAGGACAUGUUUGCAUUACCAACAGAACAGUCGGGGUUUCGAGUAGUAAUAAAAAUGAAUUGUGCCCAAA